UUUUCCGGUCGCGUGACAUAGUUAAUGUAAAAUUAACCGGAAAUGACGCACGGAAACGAGUUGCGAGCCUCCGAAAUAUUAUUUUUUUUUAAUUCUGUAUACAUAUUACACUAUGUAAGGCAACCAAAUUAAUAGAAGGCUCGACAGAUUUACGUUUUUUAUGACCUUAUUAGUAUUACGGUGUUAAAUUACUUCCGGAUAUUUAUUAGUUUUUUUUUUUUCCUUCAUUCCAAAAUGGUUAAUUAGUUGACCUUACGAAUAACUGUCCAUAAGUAAGAUCGUUCUGAGAAUAUAUUACUUUAGCUUUUCGUUAAAAGUAACAAUCAAAUAUUAACAAUAGAAUACUUAUUACUUUAAUAAAACGUCAGCUAAAAUAUUGUUAAGGCAUUUGAAAGGAAGAAUUCUGAAUUAACGAAAGUAAAAGUUAAAUAAGUCUCAUUACAAGUAAAAAAGUAUCUCAAGUAAAUAAUUUGUGAGCAAUUAAAGAAAAUAAUGAAGAUAUUAAUUUGUGUUCUGUUGUUUUUCGGAAUUGUGAAAUCAUUUGUGAUUUCCCCUGAUAAUUUCACACUCGAAAAAUUCUCAACUAUAUCGAAAAAUAAUUCCGAAUUGGAAGAUUUUAAUUUGGAUAAUGAUAGGGAUAAUUAUAAUGAAAGUAAAGGAGGAAGUGGGGUCUUUAUGCAUUAUUCUCAAAGAAAUAAUAAUAACAGUCGGAAGAAACUUAUAAAUAUUCACAGCAGUCCGACAUUUCGGUUUAUUCCUAAACAAAAUCUCAGAGAAAUGUUGAUGACUCAAUUUCUUCCAUUCUUCCUAUAUGAGACAAUGAAGGAACCAAAAAUAGAAAGAAAAGGAGGAUACAUAAAUAAAAUAGGAAAGAAGCCAAAGACAUACAAAGACCCAAUGGAUUCCUUGAGAGAUCAAAAAUUUAAGCAAAUGAUCCUAUCAUCUCGUAAUAAAAAAAAUUCAAGAGAUGCUAAAUUAUUAUUUUUAUCAUUUUUGACUUUCUUAUCAAAUAUUGAAAGUAAAAAGCUUAAAAAUCACAGAAAAAAAUUCAUGCGGAAAAUAUACGAAGAAAAUUAUGAAGUUAUUGUUUUACCUCCUAAAAAUAUAAUAAAAGUAAUUAAUUCUCAGAAGGUGAAAUAUCAAAAGAGAAAGCAUUCGAUCAAAAAAGCUUUGAAAGGUACAACAGUUGCUGUAACAGAACUUACUGAGAAAUUCCAGAAAAUAAAUGCCUCCCUGGAACUUGUAGAAAAAGAAACGUUUAAAUUAUUAAAUUUAAGUAAUAGCUUGGAUUAUAAUCUUACAUCUGAUAAACAAUUUUCUGGUGAAACAAACCAUUCAAAUAGAAUUGUAACAAGAAAGAGUUUAUAUUCUACAAUUCCUCAAAAAGAAAAUGCACUUUACGUUUCUUUAUUUAUGAUUGCUUUAAUUAUUGGAUGUUUGAUACUCACAACUAGAAAAAAAUUGCAUUAUGCUGAUGACGAUAUUCACAUUAAUUCCUCCUUGCAUCGUUAUUAUAGCAUUGAUUUAGCAGGAUUCGAUCGUGGGUAUAGUAGAAACUGUGAUUCGGAAGAUUCUUCACAUGAGAUCGAACAUGGAAUUCUUAAAAAGUUCACCAACAUACCAGAAAAGAUUAAAAAAUCUGCACAAGGUUAUAAAUGCAUGAAAAAAGAAAAUUCCUAUUCGGGAAACCAUUUGACACCAUUAAAAAAUUACCAAGCUUCUUUCACAAAAAAUGUAAAUAAGAUUUCUCUUCUAACUAAAGAUAACGAAGAUAAAUCUUUAAAAUCAGAUACAGACAUAGAUAGCGACACAAGUAAUGAAUCGUAUGUGUCUGUAAUUAAUAAUAUAAAUGAUAUAGAUGAAGUUAAGCCCAUAAAAAAUAAUGCAAAAAACUCGCAAAUUCAAUCUGUGACACAAUUAAUUGAUCUUAUUAAUACCGAUAAAAAUGGACUGUGAAGUUUUGUCAAAGUUAUUAUAAAAUAUUUAUAAAACUUUCGGAUAAUAUGUUUAUUUUCAAAAUUAAAUAAAAACUUUGACAGUUGUUUGAAUGUUGAAUUUUACUUACAUAACACAAACGUUUUUCUU